UCUUCUUUUUCUUUCUUUCUUUCUUUCUAUUUCUAUUUCUCUUCUUUCCUUAAAUUAAUCCAGAUUUUUAGGUUACUUGUAAACCUGAGAAAAAGGACAGUUUCUUUUAGUAUGGGAAGAACACCUUGUUGUGAUAAAAAUGGGCUCAAGAAAGGCCCAUGGACACCUGAGGAAGAUCAGAAAUUGAUUGAUUAUAUUCAGAAAAAUGGACAUGGAAACUGGAGGACUCUUCCUAAGAAUGCAGGGCUCCAAAGAUGUGGGAAGAGUUGCCGUUUAAGAUGGACGAAUUAUCUUAGACCCGAUAUCAAACGGGGGAGAUUUUCAUUUGAGGAAGAAGAAACCAUCAUUCAACUUCACAGUGUUCUUGGUAACAAGUGGUCUGCAAUUGCUACUCGAUUACCAGGAAGGACCGACAACGAAAUAAAGAAUUACUGGAAUACUCAUAUAAGAAAGAGGCUACUAAGAAUGGGAAUUGAUCCAGUUACACAUAGUCCACGUCUUGAUCUUCUAGAUUUGUCUUCAAUUUUACGUUCUACACUCUACAACUCUUCACAAAUGAACCUUUCAAGCUUGCUUGGAGUUCAGCCAUUAGUGAAUCCAGAGCUUCUUAAGUUGGCUGCUUCAUUAAUGUCUUCUGAACGUAAAAGUCCAAGCUUUUCUCCACAAAAUUCUUCACACACUACUACAGCUACCAUUCAAUUCUCCAAUCCUCAGCUACAAAUGCAAGUUCCUAUGCAAGAAAUUGUUCAAUUCCCUUCACAAGUGGUGGAACCAAAUAUUACGAGUGAAUUAAAUGAUGAUCAAUGGGGAAAUGGUCAGCUUAAUAACUUUGAUUUGGCAGCAGGAUCAUUUGAGUAUUGUGGGUUGGAUCAGCAACAACAAGCAGGCGCCGUAGGGGUCGACAAUUCGUAUGAAACGCCGACUUUUAGUUUCCAUAACGGUAACAGUAACGGUAAUAACUUUAGUUUGGGUUCGGUUUUAUCUUCUCCUUGUUCUUCAAGUCCUACACAGAUGAAUUCAAACUCUACGUAUUUCACUAGUCCAACUGAAGAUGAGAGGGAAAGUUAUUGUAGCCAGAUUUUGAACUUUGAAAUCUCUGAUAUCUUCGAUGAACCUUUCAUUUAAUGUAUUUGUGUAAUGUUAAAAAAAAUCAAAUAAAUCUGCGGAAUUUGAUUUUUAUUUC